GCAUGCUUUUCAAGUCUAACUUCUCAUGCCAUGCUCGACUUCCACCAGAGUAAAACCACUGCCUUUGAGCAGCCCAUUGAAGCUCUUUUGCUGUUUCUUUGAAUCUGACCAUCUUUGAUUAGCACCCUCCAUUUCUUCUUUUAUCUCUAGCUUCUUCUAGAUCAGAUUUUGCAAACAAAAUAAGUUGGUAUUCAUGAGCAAGAAGUCUCUUUUUGUUUUCUGCUUCUUUUAUUCUCUCUUCUCUCUGCUUCUCUUCUGCCAUGGAACUGACAGAAUCACACCAGGUCAUUCGAUCAAAGAUGGUGAAACCUUAGUAUCAGACAAUAAAAUUUUUGAAUUGGGUUUCUUUAGCCCUGAAAAUUCUUCUUCACGAUAUGUUGGUAUAAGGUAUCACAAGAUUCAGGGUCAGGCUGUCAUCUGGGUUGCUAAUAGAGACAAACCAAUCUCUGAUACAAAAGGGGUCUUUACCUUUGGUGAAGAUGGAAAUUUGACGGUUACAGAUGGAAACAACAUUUCACUUUGGUGGAGUAAUUCUUCAGUUCCCUCUAAAGAUGUUGUAUUAUUCAUCGAAAAUGGAGGUAAUCUCAAAAUUUCAAGCAGUGACAAUAGAACGAUCCACUGGGAAAGCUUUAAACAUCCCACUGAUACGUUUUUGCCAAACAUGAGAGUUCUUGUUUCAUCGGGAGAGCAAAAGGUAUUCACUUCUUGGAAGUCUGCAAGUGAUCCUUCACCAGGGAACUUUUCCAUGGGAGUUGAUUCUAGUGGAGCUCUGCAGCUAGUGAUGUGGAAGGAUUCAAGAAGGUGGUGGAGAAGUGGGUACUGGGAUGAACACAUAUUUCAAGGUGUGCCGAAUAUGACAGCUGUAGCUAAUUUCAAAUUCGGAUUUAAGUAUUUUAGCGAAGGUCCGAAUUCUUAUUUCAUGUAUACUCCAUCAAAUAUUUCUGAAUUGGUGAGGUUUCAUUUGCAGUGGGAUGGAAUAGAAAAGCAAUUGAGAUGGAAUGAAAGCGAAAACAAGUGGGAUCUGUUGCUAGAACAGCCUGCUAACGACUGUGAAUUCUACAAUUUUUGUGGCGAUUUCGGGAUCUGUACUGAAUCAGCUAAUCCAAAAUGCACAUGCAUGGAAGGGUUUGCUCCUAAGAAUAAAGAGCAAUGGAACCAGAAAGACUGGUCAGAUGGGUGUGUCAGAAAAGCGGAAUUGCAGUGCCAGGGAAAUAAAAGUACAGCAGAAGAAGAUGAUUUUAAAGAGUUGAGAUGCGGUAAAUUGCCAGAUUUUGCUGUUGUCCAUCCUGCGGUCUCCUUGGAGGAUUGUGAGAAAAGGUGUUUAAGCAACUGCUCAUGUAAUGCCUAUGCAGUAGUUGAAAACAUAGGAUGCAUGAUAUGGAUUAGAGACUUGAUUGAUAUGCAGAAUUUUGGCAAAGCUGAACAUGUUCUGCAUCUACGUCUUGCUCAUUCAGAGUUUGAUCACAAGAGAUUGUCUACAGCUGAGAUAGCACUAAUUGUUGCGGCUGGCAUUGUCUUCCUAGCUAUAUCUGUAUGGCUACUCUGGUGCCUAAAGAGAAAACUCAAAGCUUCAGUUUUACCCGCAGCUACCUCAACUUCAUUGAUGAGAAAGAAUGGGAUACAAAUUUCUGAUAUGAGCAAGAGUCAAGAAUAUUCAUUAGAGAUGUCUGGACCAGCUGACCUAGUCAUUGAAGGUGGCCCAGUAAAUGGUCCUGAUUUGCCGCUGUUCAAUUUCAAUUCUGUAGCAGCAGCUACAAACAAUUUUUCUGAAGAAAACAAGCUUGGAGAGGGAGGAUUUGGUCAUGUCUACAUGGGAAUGCUUCCCGGAGGAGAAGAAAUAGCUGUAAAGAGGCUUUCAAGAAUCUCUGGCCAAGGCUUAGAGGAGUUCAAGAAUGAAAUCAUAGUUAUUGCCAAAUUGCAGCAUAGAAAUCUUGUUAGAUUACUAGGCUGCUGUAUUCAGGGAGAAGAGAAGAUGCUGCUUUACGAAUAUAUGCCAAAUAAAAGCUUGGAUUUCUUUCUUUUUGACCCUGCAAAACAGGCAUUAUUAGACUGGAACAAGAGGUUCAAUAUUAUUGAGGGGAUUGCUAGAGGCCUUCUUUAUCUUCAUCGAGAUUCAAGACUUAGAAUCAUUCAUCGAGACCUAAAGGCUAGUAACAUAUUGUUGGAUGAAGAAAUGAACCCAAAGAUUUCAGAUUUUGGCAUGGCUAGAAUAUUUGGAGGAAACCAAAAUGAAUUGAACACGAACCGAGUUGUUGGCACAUAUGGCUAUAUGUCUCCUGAAUAUGCAAUGGAAGGCCUAUUUUCAGUGAAGUCUGAUGUGUAUAGCUUUGGAGUGUUACUGUUAGAGAUUGUAAGUGGCCGGAGGAACACCAGCUUUCGAUUAACCGAUUAUGUCAGCCUCAUCGGUUAUGCAUGGGAACUUUGGCAUGAAGAUAAAGCAAUAGAGCUCAUUGAUCCAUUGAUUCGAGAUUCAUGUUGCACGAAUGAAGUGUUAAAAUGCAUACACGUAGGAAUGUUGUGUGUGCAAGAUUCUGCAGUUCAUAGACCAACAAUGUCAUCUGUGAUUUUAAUGCUAGAAAGCCAUAGUCCGACCCUGCCAUUGCCUAGGCAACCAACUUACACUUCCAUGAGAGCCUCCAUUGAUACAUCUGAAAUCUAUCUUGAAGGUCAGGAAAAUCAAGAAAACUCCAGCAACAGCAAUGACUUGGGGUUUGAGCACAGGCCUGGACAAUGAGAAGUGCAUUUUUGGAAGAAGAAUCUUCAAAGCGAAAAAAAAAAAAGCAUUGAAUUAUGAGAAGUUGAUAGUUGAUCAAGCUCAGGACAAAAUGUAUCUACCUGUAAUGUAUAUCCCAAAAUUGCAUUGAUUUUUGUCCGAGUCCACCUAAUGAUUAUUAAAAUGCAUUGGCCUUUUUUUUUCAAUUAAAAA